AUGGAGGAGGCGCAGCGGCUGCUGACGGUGUCGGUGUGGAAGCUGUACCGCUGCCGGCUGCGGCGGGGCGGGCUCCGCCUGCACCGGAGCCUGCAGCUCUCGCUGCUCGUCCGCGCCGCCCGCCACCGCUACCUGAGCGCCCGAGCCGCCGCCGAGACCCUCCCGGGGCCGGAGCUGGCUGGGGCCGCGGCGAGCGGAGCGACCCCCGAAGCGGGGAGCGACCCGAGCGGAGACCCGCGGUGCCCGAACACGCCGAGCGCGGACAGACCGAGCCCCUGGACCGACCCGAGCGGAGACCCGCGGUGCCCGAACACGCCGAGCGCGGACAGACCGAGCGCCUGGACCGACCCGAGCGGAGACCCGCGUCCGCUGGGAGCUCCAGGCGCUCCCCGCGAGGGGCGGCGCGGAGUUACCGGGGGGUCACGAGGGGCUCCGGGCCCGUGA